GGGAGUCAGGGUGGGUACAAAUCACUACAGCGCUGGGGUCCCACUACGAGAGGUCGCCGCUGUGGGUGGGAGGGGUCCUCAGGGACUGGACUCGCUUUCGUCCGCUUUGGUUGUGAGGUGUUUUCCUGCCGUCUUCCCCUCACUAGUUCAUCCCUGGUGCUGACAGGGCAAGGAGAGAAGGCAGAAUCUGCUCCUUUUCCACGUGAAGCAACACUCGAUGUUCGUUAGACUGAGGGAAGACAGGGAAUUAGAAUUUUAUCCCUGUUCUCUCACCUAACGCUUUUCCACAGGCUUCUAUUUCUUUUCCCGACUUAAUCUACUUCCGUGAAAACGCGUGCACUUCCCAGGGCCCCCGCUUUACGCAGUGACACCUAGAUUUAGCUCUAGCUCUUUUGAUGCCACCGAACUCCAGGCCCUGAUUUAUGGCCCCUCCUGCUUAUAUCUAUCAGGGAGUCCCAAGAGCCCUUAAAGUCAGGAUAUCUAACGGGAACUUUUCCUUAUCAUUCCCUUAUGCUUCUCCUUGGGCUCCAUAUUUCCAUUAGAGCAGCAGCAUCCACCCACAGCCAUAUUAAAAACCGACUUAGGAUCGAGACCAUCCUGGUAAACAUGGUGCAACCCCGUCUCUAUUAAAAAUACAAAAAUUAGCUGGACAUGGUGGCGCGUGCCUGUAAUCCCAGCUCCUCAGGAGGCUGAGGCAGGAGAAUUGCCUGAAGCCAGGAGGCGGAGGUUGCAGGUUGCGGUGAGCGGAGAUCGCGCCAUUGCACUCCAGCCUGGGUAACAAGAGCGAAACUCCGUCUCAAAAGAAAAAAAAAAAACCCACUUAGCUUUCCAUUACUCUUCUCCGUGUUGUAGGCUGAUUACCAGGUCCAGUGUGCAAUCUUUAAGAUUCUAGAAUCGAUCUCUCCAUUCCAUUUCGUUCCUCAUGUCCUGGAUCAGGCCAUCCACCUUGUAAGAAUAUUGCAAUAGGUAGAAACUGAUCAUCAAUUCUCCCACUAUUCCAGCCUGCUUUCCACAUUGGCAGCAGGCACUGGUUUCUAAAAUAAAAAUCUCACUAAGGGCUAGGCGCAGUGGCUCAUAUCUGUAAUCCAGCACUUUGGGAGGACCGGACAGCUACCCGAGUUGGAGACCUGCCUGGGCAACAUAGUUUUCACAUCGUUUAUAUGAGUUUUGCCAUCUGUAGCUUUUACCAACAAUUGUGGUUUAAUCAGUUAGAAAUAGAGAAGAGUCAUUAACCAGGAGAAAAUGUCAAAUCUAAAAAUGAAAGAGGCGGCCCUCAUCUAUCUUGACAGAAGUGGAGGCCUCCAAAAGUUUAUAGAUGAUUGCAAGUACUACAAUGAUUCAAAACAAAGCUAUGCUGUCUAUCGAUUCAAAAUUUUAAUAAAUCCAUCUGAUGUUGUUGAAUUAGAUGCUGAGCUUGGAAAUCACAUUUUACACCAACCUUUAAAAGCUGCUGAAGUUUUUCAAUCAGUCUGUUUUAUUGCUGUUAAGACUCUCUCAUUAAUUGGACAAUUGCAGACUGAAACCCAAAUUAAUAUACUGCUGAAAUUAUCACAUUUACCUCCCCUGCCAAGUUAUGGUCUUGAUCUUUGUGAGUUUCCACUUGAUUAUACAUCUCAGAGAUUUUAUAUGAUGCAAGGAAUUGUGAUUGCAAUGACAACUGUAACCAAGUAUACACAAGGUGCAAGAUUCCUUUGUUCAGAUGAAGCAUGCCCUCUUUCAAAAGGAUUUCAGUAUAUAAGAGUACAUGUCCCUGGUGCUACAGAAUCUGCAACAAUAAGAAACGACUUUUUGUGUAAUCUGUGUGCAUCUUCCCUUCAAGAAGACAGAAAAUUUAGAGUACUUGGUGAUAAACAAAUAGUUGAAAUAAUUACCACAAAGGCACUUCAUGCUUUUCAAGGAUAUUCUAACAACCAGCCAUUUAGGUUUCAAUCUCUUACAGUUUUCCUAAGAGAUGAAUCAGUGAAUAAAAUGAAUAUGGGAAAUGAAUAUAGAAUUAUUGGAAUUCCAACCUGUGUAAAAACCUCACAAACUGCUGUCUGUAUAGAAGCAAAUAGCAUAACUUUUUGUGAUUCAAAAGUUCCUUCAGGAAUUAGUGACAACUUCAGGUGUCUUCUCUCCUUAACUUCAAGCUCAUGCUGGAAAUUUACAGCAAUACUUGCCAAUAUCUUUGCAUCACAAAUUACUCCUCCUGGGACUUACAAUUUGCUCAAGCUCUGUUUGUUGAUGAGUCUGGUACAGAUAACUGACCGUAACAAGGAACUGGAGGAUUGUCUGGAUAUUUUAAUAAUAACAAGUGAUACUCUACUUGCAGACAGGCUUUUGAAUUUUAGCAUUAACCUUGUUCCUCGUGGUAUACGUCAUCCAGUCUCUACUGAAAUUUUUCCCACUUUAUCCAGGAAUAAGUAUGGAACUGGAGCAGUUAGCAUUCAAGCUGGCAGUGCUUUGCUAGCUAAAGGUGGUAUCUGCUUUAUAGGAGACUUGGCUUCACACAAAAAAGAUAAACUUGAACAGCUUCAAUCAGUUCUGGAGAGCAGAAGCAUCACAGUGUACAUCCCAGGAAAGAAGUUUGGGGAGGAUAUUGAUCAACAGAUGACUUUUCCAGUUCAGUGCAGUUUUUGGUCUUUUGUUGAUAUGGAUUCAUCUUCAAGGAGAAAUGCACAGAAAAUCAACACUCUAAUUGGUCAGAUGGAUUGCAGUUUGAUUCCUGCUAACCUUAUGGAGGCAUUUGGUUUAUUGAUUAACUGCAAUGAGUCAUCUCCCUGCCACCCAUUUCUUCCUACUGUGCAGCAUACUUUGAAGAAAGGCAUUAAUCCUGAAGGGCUGCUUUAUGUGGCUUCUAGACAGUUUACAACUGAAGAUUUUGAAAAGCUACUGGCUUUUGCAAAGAAUUUGAAUGUAGAAUUCAGCUUGGAAGCAGAAAGAAUGAUUCAUGGCUAUUAUCUAGCAAGUCGCAGAAUCAGAACUGACUCUAUAUGUGGAUCAAAACUGUCAGCAUCUGCAUUAAAGUAUCUCGUUUCCCUAUCUGAAGCCCAUGCACGACUGAACUUAAGGAACGAAGUGCGUAAAGAAGAUGUGCUGAUUGCAGCCUUACUAUUUGAAACAUCUCUCACAUUGAAAUAUGGGGCCACUGUAUUUUGUGUUGCUCCGAAUGCAGUAUUUCCAUUUGAACUGUAUAAUGAAGAAUACUUAGAGCAAAGGGAUCUCUAUCUGACUCAGUGCCAACAACAGCUGGAACAGUUUAUUGCCACAUAUGGACCUGGGACGACUAUUUUCUCUAGUGAUGAAUAAGUAAUUUGAGGAAUUUUUGUUCUUUCCUACCUAAGCAGUGGAGAAAAAGUGUGAGUAUUUUGAGAGUGACUUUGAAUUAAUGCUUCCAUUAAUACUGUGUACAGGAAUAUAUUACAAUACUAUUUUUAAAAAUGCAAAAUAUAGUCCCCUCAAAACUGCUAGCAGGAUAAAUACUAAUCCAAACCUCUAAAACCAAAAGAAUUUUAAAACUUAGAAUAAUUUGAAAUGAUAAAGUUGUCAAGAAUACUAUAAAGAAAAACCUUGUGGUUAGCCCAGAAUACCAGUGAACAGAUAAAAAUGUAAAGAAUGUUGCAAUGUAAGCAAUAUGAAAAAUGGCAACCUUUAUGUUAGUUCAUUCUAUUGUCACAAGACGGCAAUCUCUUUACCUACAAAUUAUUUAAAAAUUUUUUUUCCAUUUGUGAACUUGCUAAACUGAUGAGUAAAAACUUUAUACGUGAAGAUUUAAAUGUAAGGCCUUUUCAUACUUUAUUAUUGACAUGUCCAUUACAUACCACUGUUUUAGAAGCCCUAAAUAUGGAAUCAGGAAAAGCCUUGGAAGUUUUCCUUAUGUAUAUGCCAGGUUAAAUGAAAAAAAUACAGGAAACCAAGGAGCUAAUAACUUAUAAAUUGGUUCUUUAAUCCUAACUGAUUACAAGAAAGGUUCCAAAAGGCAAAUAAACCAAUUUGCAAAUCUAGUCCUCAUUUUUGGAGAGAAGAUACCUGCCUUGAAAAGAUAGGGGCAUUGGCUGGGCAAGGUAGCUCCUGCCUGUAAUCCCAACACCUUGGGAAGCUGAGGUGGGCUGAUCGUGAGGUUGAGAUUGAGACCAUCCUGGCCAACAUGGUGAAACCCUGUCUCUACUAAAAAUGCAAAAAUUAGCUGGGCAUGGUGGUGCACGUCUGUAGCCCCAGCUACUCAGGAGGCUGAGGCAGAAUCGCUUGAACACAGGAGGCAGAGGUUGCAGUAAGCUGAGAUUGUGCCACUGCACUCUAGGCUGGCAAAAGAGGGAGACGUCUCAAAAAAAAAAAAAAAAAAAAAAGAUAGGGGCAUCAUGAAUAAACAAACCUAUCUUGUAAAAUUUAUAAAUACUUUUUAGUUCAGUUUUCAUAACUUUAAUAAAAGAUCAGUUCUAUUCACAGAAAAGCAGAAUGUCAUUACCAAAUUGCCGCUUUAUUAAUCAAGAUGCUACCAUGCAUCAAUUCUUUCAAAAUUGAUCCCUUCAUAAGGCUGCUUAACUAUGCAGCUGGACCUCUCCCACUCUCCAGAGGAAGUUGUUCACUACUAUUGAAUACCUAACUAGUAGCAGGGACUUAACAGUAUUAAUUUUCAGAAGACAAAGGUAGUAUUUUUGGUUUUUGAUAGGGUCUCACUCUGUUGCCCAGGCUGGAGUACAAUAGGGCAAUCUUGGUUCACUGCAAUCUCCACCUCCUGCAUUCAAGCAAUUCUCCUACCUCAGUCUCCCAAGUAGCUGGGAUUACACGUGCGAUCCACAACCAGCUAAUUGUUGAAUUUUUAGUAGACAGGGUUUCCCCAUGUUGGCCAGGCUGGUCUCAAACUCCCGACCUCAGAUGAUCUGCCUGCCUCAGUCUCCCCAAGUGCUGGGAUUACAGGUGUGAGCCAACGCACUCACCAACAAAGGUAGUGUUCAACAACAUAUUUACAUUACAGUUCUAUAAUGUUGACCUUUAUUUUGCAUCUCAAAUACAUUUCAAAUAUUUCUGGCUCUGUAUGGGGUGAAGUCAAAACACAUUCCUAUUUUAUGAAACUAGGAUCCUUUUACAAUUUGAAAGUUUAAAAACAUUUUUUGAGACAGGGGCUGUCACCCAGUAUGGAGUGCAAUAGCACCAUCUCAGCUUCCUACAGCCUCGACCUUGCAGUCUCAAGCAAUUCCUCCAUCUUAGCCUUCCAAGUAGCUCAGGCACAUGCCACCACCUGGGCUAAUUUUUACAUUUUUGUAGAGAUGGGGUUUUACCAUGUUUUCCAGGCUGGUCUCAACGUAUUCCUCCCAUCCCAGUACCUCAGCUUCCCAAGGCGAUGGGAUUACAAGGGUGAGCCACCAUGCAUGGCACAAAAAUGACUUAUUUACUUAUCUAUAUUUAUAUAGUUGUUACCCAAGCUGGAGUGUACUGAUGCAACCACAGCUCACUGCCACCUUAGUCUCCCCAGCUCAAAGGACCCUCCCAACCUCAGUCUCAAAGAGGGCCACUUCCAUACAAAAAAUUAAAUGUUUACAUUUCUCAUUACAGGGGUUGCAUUUACUAAAUCUUUUAUUUCAGUACCUAAAGAGUGUAAGUGUACAUUCAGAAAGAUAAACAAUUACAGGAGGUAAUACAUUAAUAUUAAAUAUGAUGCCAAUGGUGUUUUGAAAGUUAUUGGAUAAUUAGAAGGGAGUGGGGUGAAAAAUUACUUAAUGGGUACAAACUACACCAUUCAGGUAAUGGCUGCACAAAAAUCUGACUCCAAACUACUUCAUAUACCCAUGCAACCAAACUGUACUUAUACCCCACAAGUCUAUACUUGAGGGAACUAAGAUGUUGCUAUAUAGGUUUUAUAUCAUGUAUCACAUGCAAAUUAUAACCUUGGUAAAAGUAAUUUAUAAGCCAGUACUCAACAGAAGAUUUAGCUGUAAGCCUUCAUUCACCCAGAUAUAAAUUCAGCUUUAGAAUUCUUACCAAUUUAGUCCUAGACAGACUGGCCUGGUUCAGUCUUAUUUCUCAUAACACAGCAUAUUGCUUAGUUAUUAUGUGUACUAGUAUUAGGAUGACUUUUCGUUCACAAAGAUGAAAAGCAAACUGAAUAAGGUGAAACGAUUGCUAUUUGGCAUUAAGAAGUUUUAAGAAUCCAACCACCUGGCACAACAGCAGGCUCUGAAGGGGAGGCCAAACAGGAAACCUAGAGGUACAAACAAUGUUUCCCCACCUGUUCGCCUCAAUGAGAAUCACCACCCACAAAUAAGCCAAUUAUUGACAAGAUUAUAUUGUUUCGAGUAUGUUAAAAACAGGCCUGACUAGUGAGUAUGAGAAUGGAGCUCUUUAGAGCGGAUUUAAAAGAAAACAAUUUAUUGUUCAGCAAUUUAAACAAUUAGCCAAACACAUAUUUUCUCCAUAAUUUAUUGUGAUGUUUAUCAACAUCAAAUAAAAUACUCAUUUCAUCA